CAACAACAGCACCGUACCUAGCUAGCUACGAUCGACCACACAGCUAGCUAGCUAACACAUUCAUCGAUCGAUCGACGAUCCAACAAAUCCGUCAAAUAUUAAUGGAGCAACUACUACUCUCUGAUGAGGGUCUGGCCGUCGUUGUGCCUAUCCUGGUGUACUGGGCGUAUUGUGGCCUGCACGUAGUGCUAGGCCAGUCCAUGUAUAUGGACAGAUACAGGCUGCACCCAAGCGCCCAUGAAGAUAGCAAGAACUAUGUGUCGAAACGACAGGUCAUCGGCAACGUCCUCAAGCAGCAGCUCGUGCAGGUUACCAUCGUUGCCAUGGUGUUCAAGCUCACAGGAGGGAGGAGCACCAGCAGUACGACGACCGAAGCAUCGUCGUACCUGAAGCUAGCCUGCCAGAUCUUGGUGGCCAUGGUCUUCUUCGACGUGUGGCAGUACGCGUGCCACCGGACCAUGCACGCCAGCAGGUUCCUCUACCGGAACCUGCACUCGUGGCACCACCGCCUCGUGGUGCCCUACGCCUUCGGCGCGCUGUACGGGCACCCGCUCGAGGGCUUCGUCGCGGACACCGUCGGCGGCACGGCGGCCUUCCUGGUGUCCGGCAUGUCGCCGCGGGCCUCCGUCUUCUUCUUCUCGCUCUGCACCGUCAAGGUCGUCGACAACCACUGCGGCCUGUCGCUGCUGCCCUGCUGGGAUCGCCUGGGCCUCUGGAACAGCGCGGCGUACCACGACGUGCACCACCAGCUGCGUGGCGGCCAGUACAACUUCUCUCAGCUCUUCUUCGUCGUCUGGGACAGGGUGUUUGGGACGCACAUGCCAUUCGUGAUCGAGGACAGAGCCGGCGGAGGAGGAAUGCUCCAGGUCCGAGCACCCGGCCUUGACUACAGGAGCAAGUAAGCUACAUAUAUAGCAGUCGAAUUUUGUCAUGUAAAUUCGUUUCGGCCGUCGUUAUUGCAUGAUUCUUGUAAUAAUAAAGUGGUUUGAUUAUUCCUCUUUUAAUUUGAGGGACGACGAUGAAGCAGCCACAUGUCUUUACAUUGUUAUAUAAAUUUAUAAUUGUGUCGUCA